AUGCUGGACCUCCCCACAAUUACCCUCGAUACAACUCUCACGGACCUCUAUGCUCGCACCGGUCCUAGUCUUGGUAAAAAGCGUAUCGGGCAAGUUCUUUGUGGGACAAGCUCAGCGAUCGAACUCAAUCAGCAUUUUCCCCGCAAUAUAAAGUAUCUUUACCAGGACAGCCCUUUCAAUUCACUACCUCAACAAGAAUUAAUUCGUGAGAACGACAAGCUCAAAUACUCACUUGCCUCAAAAUACCUCUCAUUGAUCCCUCAGAGGGAGGCAUUCAUCGCUGGCAAUACUAGGGUUUUCCUGUUCAAUGUCAAUCUAUCCGACGAGCAAAUUCAUCACGACGAGCAGGAAGCGAAAAGAACCAUAGCCGUGCUAAACAACAAUCAGCGACCUGCUCUCGUGUUUUGCCCAGGACCAGAACAUAUCGAUCUCGAGAAACAUGGUGUCGAUGUUUUAGCUAGCAAACUCGUGUUAGAUGCUCUGGAUGGUUAUCCUUUGACUUGCGACCCAGAGAUCCACUGGCUACUGAACACGAAAGAGGCACUUGCACGUUCUGGAUUACCUACACCUCGUUGUGAUAUUGUCGAGCUCGAAGGAUAUUGUGCGGAUCGCCAAGAUUGUUGUGCAGCGUGCAAGGAUGACUCCUCACCUUUCGUGCCGGAGUGUUGCACCGGCCCACGAUCAACUUGGCUGCAACAGUCAGUACGGAAGGUCAUAAAGGCUGUUCGUGGUCGUUCCCUACCUUUCGUUGCCAAGAACCAGCAGACUUUUGCUGGCGCUGGAACUUGGAUCAUCAAUACUGACCAGGAACGCGAUGAACUUAUUGAGCAGCUCUCAUCUGGCUUACUCAGAAAGCUGUUCUCUCAGGUGACCGCUAUCAACCACACGCUAAAGCCUGCGACCAUACUACUGAGCGACAUGGUCGUGAAUCCCAUCGCGAACCAUGGUCUUACAUUCUUCGUUUGUGAAGAUGGUGCUUCUAUCUAUCUGGGCACUUCAGAACAAAUGAUUGACGAAAACAGCUCGUGGAUUGGCUCGACCAUUACCUAUUCUCAACAGAAUCAACUUGAAGAUAGAUUCAGCCCGAUCAUGAAUCAGGUCGCUACAUGGCUUCACAGUCAUGGAUACGUUGGACCUGUGGGUACGGACAUCCUUCAAACACAGUCUUCUGGUGACACUCUGAAACAGAGUCUGUCUUUCAGCAUCGUUGAUGUAAAUGUGAGGACGUCUGGAUCAAUGUGCUUGCCACUUCUUCGCAAACACUUCACCAACCGUGGCUUUGAUUGCGCUAGCUCUUUCGGCAUCACAACAAAGGCAACAAGAGACGAAUUUAUUCAAGAGUGGUCGACACAAUUUCAAGACGGACAAAUGUGUCUUCUUGCGUGGUACGAGGACAAGUUUGCAGGCGAAAGCUUCGCAGACAUCGCAAUCAGUGCUAAAGAUAAUGAGGAACUUCGCACAUUGAUGGAGCAAAUCAAAGCCAUGACUGAGCAGGUCACAUUCUAA